UCCAACUGUCCUCAGCAGGACGAGGAGUGCUCUGCUGUACUUUUCCCUAUAGUCAAUAGACAUUCUCUUUGUUGCUGUGUGUAUUUAUUAGCACACAGGUUUUAUGGCUCCCAAAGUUUAUUUUCUCAGAAGUUAGCAUCCGGUGGAUGGUAACUGAUUCAGGCUGAUAAGCCCUCCGGUUUGAACGCUCCUGCCGAAUGGAGUCGGAUUUAAUUUGUAGUUCAUUUUUUUCCCUAAAGAAAAACGAGAAAAGAAGAUGAGUUUCGCUCCAAACUUCAAACCAUGAAGGGUUCUUUACAAGAGGAAACGAGGGAGGGAAGCGAUGCUCCGCUAGAACAACGCAAAGCAUAAAAACAUCAAGGAUCAGUUACAACCAUACUCCUUGUGGCACUCCUGCAUUCACUUAUUAUAUCUGCAUUUAAUCGGGAACAGAUCACUUGGCUCUGCCUGCCUGUCUCCUGGAGGACGUCCCCGAUGCAUUCUCUUGCCCCCUCUCAACAUGCUGGCUCUGAGGCUGCAGCAGGGCAGGCGAGGGGUCGGUGAGGCCGAUCCACUGCAGAAAGGGGACACUGUGGCUCGACAGGGCUGCCAGUCAGGGAGGCCCCCUCCUCACGAGCAGUGCAGCACCAUCAGGGAGAAGAUCUCCCAGUGGGAAGGUCGCAGUCAGCAGGCCGGCUGCCAGGAUGCCGGAGCGAAGGCACAGCCUCCAACCGUGUCCCGAACUCUGUCUGGAGAUCACCUGGGCAACGGAUGUUCCGACGACGUUUCGAAAGGUGGCCCUCACCUCUCUAAAUCUCUAACCUUGGGCUUAGAUUUCCGAGUUUCCCCGGCACAAGCUGGACAUGCUGUGGCCGGUAGGAAGUCGGAACCCGUUCGGAAGUGUUCAACUGAAUUUUCCACCCCAUCACCAGGAGAUAGGCCACUCGCAGCACCAAUGUUUGCGUCCCCCAAGGUGCAGGCGGUCCCUGCAAACCCCGCGAAACGGAUCUUCACUGCCAACAGCGACCAAAAAACCGAUCACUUCUCGAAGGUUGAAGUAGUUUCUAAACAUCUACCUCCAUUGACCGGUGACCAAGAAGACGACAUGCCUGCUGGAAACUUCUACACUUCACGGGGCUUCUGGCGUAAACUCGAGGGCGACCGGCUGCUCUGGGAGAAAGGCCGGUGGUCUUCAGGUGUAGCUCCGCCUCCCCCCAAGCCUCUGCGGACGUUCCAGUAUCGGGGAGGCAACAACAGCGGCAGCAGAUCACCUCAUAACAACCAGUCCAACGCCAGAAGCCGGAGGGUAGCCCACCCACCGAGCUUCCCUCCGCCUCCGUGUCCUGGAGCGAAGACCAAUGGGAUUUCCAGGCAUACAAAUAACAGGAAGUCCUUUGAGUACGAGGAUGCGGAGCGUCUGACGGCGAAGCCGAGCCCGCUGAGAGGAGAGGACGGACACUCGGCCCUUUAUAACGCCUUCUCCAACGACAAUAUUUACGAGGACAUCGUUUGUGAAGGGACCAGGGAUGACCCCUAUGAGAAUGUCAAGCUACCUCCCAUGUGUCUCCCUAUUGGAAGAGCCCAUGGUCCAAAGCUGCCUCCUAAACCUCAAACGCCGCAAGGCCACGUGACCAAGGUGGAGAGGAAGAGGUUUCAAACAUUCACACCAUCCAAAUCCUCUACACUCGCAGACGUCCCCAAACCAGCUGCACCGCGGCGCGCCAGCACUCCACUAACCCUGCGGACGCCUCAGUAUCUCAACAAGAUCGAGACCAUCUUUGAUGACAAGAGAGGGAGGAAGAGAGUGAAGAACCAGGGACUCUCAGUGCGAGAGGAGACGAGUGGAACAGAGAGUGACCCCGAGGACAACUCCAAAGCAGGCUCCAGGAGAUCGGUUUACGUCCAGUCGACACUGAAACGUCGGCCAGGUUACCGCACCCUGGAGAGAGACCUGAUCCAGCUGCAGCAGCAGAAACAGCAGCUCUUCCAGAUCUUUGUGGUGGUGUCGCUAAGAAAAGGUUCCUCGGGAAACACCUACUCCCCUGAGAUCACGCAGCAGUUCCCCAAACUGUUUGAGAAGUCGUCCCGAGUCUCCAAAGAGGCAGAGGAUCAGCUGAGGGUCAUUCCUAAGUUCUGCUUCCCCGACUCUCAGGACUGGAAGCCCUCUGCACACAUGCCAAGUGAGACCUUCUCUUUUGUCCUGACCAGCGAGGACGGCAGCCGCUGGUUCUGUUACUGCUGUAAGAUCUUGCCCAUUGGAAAAGGGAAGAGGCUGCCUGAGGUGCACUGUAUUGUCAGCAAACUGGGUUGCUUCAACCUCUUUGCAAAGAUCUUGGAGGAGGUGGAGAAGCGCAGGGAGAUAUCCCCAGCGCUGGUUUACCCUUUUAUGCGUAGCGUGAUGGAGGCCCCUUUUCCCGCCCCCGGACGCACAGUCACCAUUAAGAGCUUCCUCCCUGGUUCUGGGAAUGAGGUACUGACUUUGUGUCGACCAGUGGACUCCCGCCUGGAGCACGUGGACUUCGACAGCCUGCUGCAGUGUCUCAGCGUGGGGAAUCUCCUGCAGGUGUUUGCCUCUCUUUUGCUCGAGAGGCGCGUCAUCUUCAUCGCUGACAAACUGAGCGUGUUGUCUCGGUGUAGCCAUGCAGUGCUGGCGCUGCUGUACCCCUUCACCUGGCAGCACACCUUUGUGCCCGUGCUACCGGCCAGCAUGCUGGACAUCAGCUGCUCCCCCACCCCCUUCCUCAUCGGGGUGCUGGCACCUUGCCUCCCAGAGCUGCUGGAGCUGCCCAUCGAGGAGGUGCUCAUAGUGGAUCUGUGUGCAGACAAGUUCGUUGUUCAGCUGGGCGAUGAAGACUGCAUCCUGCCCAGUAAACUGCAGGCAGCGCUGCAGCAGAUCCUGGAGGAGAGAGAGGAUAUCCUGGCACAGGAGGAUCGAGACAGAGGAGGAGAUCAGCAGGUCGACCUGAGCGCUCUGGUGUCGGAGGGCUUUGUGCACUUCUUCGUGGAGUUGGUCGGCCACUAUCCCCUCCACAUGGUUGAGUCCUCCAACGGAAGCAGGGAGGUCCAGCGAGAGGGCUUCCGCAAAUCUCACCCCUCCCGCGGGGUCCGCCAGUUCCUGCAGCUCUUCAUGGAUACUCAGAUGUUUGCUGGCUUCAUUCAGGACAAAGAGCUGCGCAAGGGAGGAGCCAGAGGUCUCUUUGAGGCCCGGGUGGCCGAGCAUCUGGAUUCUUACCCUGAGCCCGAGCCAAGUGGGGUGAACAAAUUUCUGAAGGGAUUGGGAAACAAGAUCUCCAAGUCCCUCCAAUUGAAAUGACGACUGACUUGGUGAGGAAUUGAAUGUGGACAAGAGUCCCCUUUCUAGAGGCCAAAGGGACAGUAGAGACCAGGUUUGUCUUACAUCCGCGUACGCGCGUCUACAAGCAGCGCACUUUUCAUCGGAUAGGAACUGGAAAGGCUCUUUCUCUUCUGCAAAUGUUUAAUAAAACUGGGAGGACUACAGAAAACAUUCCGGCUACUUAACCUCAGCCUGAACAUGCGUUCUGGUAACUUCUUAUUUUCUUCCUUUCCCUUGAACUAAUUAUUUACGUAGAUUCAUCUCUUUUCUAAAUUGUGCAUUUUACUGUAAAUGCAAAGUAGAUGUUGUUCAAUCUUGAAAGUACUUUACAACUGAAAUGAAUCUGCAUGGUUCCAACCUGAUGCACGUUUUUAUACAUUUGUGUUUGCAUCAUCUACUCUGCAUUCCCACAGCAAGCUUUUGUUUACUAAAUGUGGUUUUAUUGGUUAACUCUGAUCAGGACAUUGUGUUCAGGUUAAAUCUCAUCAAUCCAAGAAAUUAACAUUUACAUAGAGAGUAUGUUUGUUUUCUUUCUUCUUUCAUUGACUUUAUCCCUCUUUAACUGGAGUUGUAAAUAUGUUUUUAUAGUUUCACAAUGUUGAAACAGUGUACAGUAUUUUGAAUAUUUUUGUAUAAAAGCAUGAUGUGUCCCAAAUGCAAUAAAUGGGUUUUCAAGGACAGCAUUUAAUAAAGGACUAUGCUUCUUAAAAUGAAAAUGCUUUGAAACCUGGGUUGUUGGUUAACCCUGCAUAACUCUAAAACCCCUUGUGGUUAACCAUCUGUGUAGCAGGCACAGAGAUAGAUAACACACAAGCAAAUGAAAAGACAGCCCUGGCCUGUCACAUGACCUGUAACUUUGUACCUGGCCACCCAUUAUUCAAAAAUCCCGUUUAGAAACACCAAAAGGGACGCUGUUAGUCCUCAGUACUGACUUACCUGAGGUAGCUUGAGGCCCGGUACUUCCCACUGAAGACGAAGAUCUUUUAAAACUGGUCUGACAAUAUUUUACUUUGUUAAGAAAAGCACAACAAAGCAGCAGUGCCUUCUUUUGGGACUACUAUCAGUUGCUGAUUGAAACUCGUUUUACAGCCACAGGACAAUAAACUGAAUGUGGGAUUUAAUCUUAUUGGUAAUCUAAGAUACAGAGCCCAGGUCUAAUGUAAUUAAACAACAUGUCCCCCACUGUUGCUCGGUGAUGCAUUUUAAAUGUUACACUUUUGGACAGUAAUGGUGCUCUUCGACUUCUCACCUAUCUAUAUAUUUUAUUUGGCCAAAUAUUUUAGGAUGAAUGUAUUGGUUUUGGCCUUUGCUUGUGAUUUGCUGAAAAUGAUCAACUAUUAACCAGCCCUCUGCUUCGGAGGGGUUCACUGGGUGUCUGUGUGCUGCAUCCAGGAGGGCUGUGAUGACCACGGUGCUCCACACGUGAUUGACUGUUUUCAAACCCGCCGUUGAAGUUACACUUGUGAAAUUUGGUUUGGUUUGGUUUCUUCUGUGUUGAGAAAUACUGCAUCUAAAACAUCAAUGUACUUCAUCAAUGGAAGUAGUGGAAUCGAUGGACCCCCUCAAGGUAUGCAACGUUUUUUUUGGUCUUUGCUGAACAUUUUCAGAUGAGUUUGAAAGAAGUGACUAAAACGUUGGUGCCGCGUCUUCUUCUUUUCAAAGAUGUUGUUAAACAAUCUUAUAAGGUAAGACUUACCAUUCGUCCAAGCUAACACUAAAACAUGGAAAUUAAAUUAUGAAAAAAUUAUGUUUCCAUGCAUAAACGCAACUCCUCCAUCAGUUUUAAGU